GUGCAGGGCGGGCUCGUGGAGGAGUGGGACAAGCACAUGGAGGGGUUCGUGCCGGAGCUGCUGCUGACGUUUCCGCUGGCCGCCAGGACAGACGAAUUCUUCUACGAGGACCUGUCCCCGGGGGAGACGGUGCUCAUCCGCGGCGGCUUCUUCGCCUCCGCCUCCCAGGAGCUCGGGUUCAGCAUUCAGGAUCCCAAGGGCAACGUCAUCUACGAAAAGACGGACGAGGCUGAGGGCAUCUUCCAUUUCUUAGCGAGCACACCUGGGACAUACACUUUCAUAGUCAGCAACCACAAGUGGAUGGAGGAGAAGAUGGUUACAUUCGCCGUGGGGAAGGGCAACGAGACCCACCUUCAACCAGAACAUCUUGAGACAAUGGAGGACCACAUCAGAUCCAUUGACAAGACCUUGGUUGACAUUCAGACGGAGUCCACGUACCUGUGGAUCCGGCAGAAGUCUCACAUGAAGGCGGUCGAAAGCAUCCACGCCCGGAUGCUCGCAUUCUGCGUGGUGGAGUUCCUGAUCCUGGUUGGCAUCUCCGGCUUUCAGGUUUACUACAUCAAGGGCCUGCUCUCGGACCGCCGGAUACUAUGA